AUGACUCUCCCUAGCCUUACCCAACACAAGCCCAAACCCUUUUGUCCUAACUUCGUCAAGAUGGGCUUCCCUGGCUACUCACUGGUAAAGAAUCUGCCUGCAAUGCAGGAGAUGCGAAUUCGAUCCCUAUGUUGGAAAGAUCGCCUGGAGGAGGAAAUGGCAACCCACUCUAGUAUUCCUGCCCGGAAGUCGCAUGGAGAGAGGGGCCUGGCGGGCUACAGUCCAUGGGGUUGCAAGAGACACACUACUUAUCGACUAAGCCACCACCACCAAGGUCACCAAUAUGGCACCAAUAUGCCUGCAGCUCCUCACCGUGAGCUUCUCGCUCCUUGUACUUGCUCAGCUGCAGACCUUUAA